AUGUUGCAAUCUUUUUUCUUUUUCUCUUCUUUUUCCUUGCAAUCUUUUUUUCUUUUUCUCUUCUCUUUCCUUGCAAUCUUUUUUCUUUUUCUCUUCUCUUUCCUUGCAAUCUUUUUUUUCUUUUCUCUCUUUCCUUGCAAUCUUUUUUUUUUUUUCUUCUUCCCUUGCAAUCUUUUUUUUUUUUUCUUCUCUUUCCUUGCAAUCUUUUUUUUUUUCUUUUUUUCUUUCUUCCUUGCAAUCUUUUUUCUUUUUCUCUUCUCUUUCCUUGCAAUCUUUUUUUCUUUUUCUCUUCUCUUUCCUUGCAAUCUUUUUUUCUUUUUCUCUUCUCUUUCCUUGCAAUCUUUUUUCUUUUUCUCUUCUCUUUCCUUGCAAUCUUUUUUUCUUUUUCUCUCCUCUUUCCUUGCAAUCUUUUUUUCUUUUUCUCUUCUUUUUCCUUGCAAUCUUUUUUCUUUCUUUUUCAUUCCUUGUAAUUUUCUCCCUUUCUUUUUCUUUGCUAUCAAUUUCCUUUUCUCUUUUCUUUUUACCUGCUUCCAACUUAUUUUUUCUUUCAUUUUUCCUUGCUACACUUUUUUUACCCUUCUCACUUUUCAUCUUCAUUUUUUUUCUCCCCGCUUUUUUUUUUAUCUUUUCAUCUACACCUUCAACGUCUUUCACUUUCAUCCUCUACAACUUUAUUCUUUCUUUCUUAGAUCAGUCCAUUUUUCUUCAUACUUUUCUUCUUGUUUUUAUUUUUAUUUUUCUGUGAUGUUUUUCUUUUUUUUUAACGCAAUCCACCCCUUCCUCCUCUCCCCUUACUUCUUUCCUUCUCCCUAUCUUGAUUACAUUUUUUUCACUCCCUCCUUCUCAUUUUGUCUUUAUCUGUUCUUUUCCCCCCCGUUUACCCUUCCCUCUUGUCCCCUCGUUUUCGCCAGAGACACUCAUCUGGAACGGGACGAAUACCUUAUUGCUACGAUUAAUCCAAACUCCAUUUUGUCUUGCCGCCAUUACGAGAGCUAA